AUGCGAUGCGCGAGCAAGGCAGCGACUCAGCCUGUGUCACUUGGUGAUGCACGCGCUCGUCAUGAAGACACUCAUUUCUUCACAGAGUAUGAGCUCAGUGUCUCAUACUCUCCUGAUACGGAAGACGGAUCCGUAUCGACGGCGAUCGAAUCCAAGCCGCCUGCCAAGCGUGGCAUGGAUGAUUCUUUGCGUCGUAGCAUCUUUGGUUAA